GCUCAAAGACCUGAGGGCGGGGACCCUGGGAAGCGGCGAGCUUCAGAGCCUCUCCGGUCCUACUUGUUUCCAGUCUCCUUUUCUCUGACUUGAUGGAGACGGGCCCUCAGCCCUCCCCGGCUCCCUCAGGUGCAGGAAGCACCUGGGUGGAGGCCUCCUUCGGGAGAGCCAGAGAUGGCAUCCGUAGACUUCAAGACCUACGUGGAUCAAGCCUGCAGGGCUGCUGAGGAGUUCGUCAACGUCUACUACACCACCAUGGAUAAGCGGAGGCGCCUGCUGUCCCGCCUCUACAUGGGCACAGCCACCCUGGUGUGGAAUGGAAACGCAGUUUCAGGACAAGAGUCCUUGAGUGAGUUUUUUGAAAUGUUGCCUUCCAGUGAGUUCCAAAUCAAUGUGGUUGACUGCCAGCCUGUUCAUGAUGAAGCCACCCCAAGCCAGACCACAGUCCUCGUUGUGAUCUGUGGAACAGUGAAGUUUGAAGGCAACAAACAACGGGACUUCAACCAGAACUUCCUUCUGACUGCCCAGGCCUCACCUAGCAACACAGUGUGGAAGAUAGCAAGUGAUUGCUUCCGGUUCCAGGACUGGGCCAGCUAGUAGAGCUCUGGAGAGAAACACAUCUCAAAAUGUGGGGACACCAGUUCCUUUCUGUUGUUGUGGGCUAUGCUGCCCAGGGUGAACUCUGCAUUUGCUCGAGUCCAAGGAGCCCCUUUACGAGUAUACUUAUUUGUCAUAGUUGCCUUUUCGUAGUACAGUUUUCUAUUUUUCUACUUGUCCAGUAGAGACCCUGGUUCUGGAAAUUCUGACAAAUAAAAUAAUACUACAAAUGUU